GAAUUGCUAAUGAAACUUCAUCCUUGUCCUUUAAGAACAGGGUAGUGUCAUCAGCCAGUUGUGUUCGGAUAAGUUCUUUUUCUGCAACAAUUAACCCUUUCAGAGGACUGGUUUUAAUAUAAUCUGCUAGAAGCUGAGCUACCAAAAGAAACAGGUAGGGGGAAACUGGACACCCCUGUCUGAUUCCUCUGCUGAUGUCAAAUCUAGGAGAGGAGCCAUUCCUUAAUUUGAUAGAACUGUUGGAAAAGGCGUAGUGUACCGCGCCCGAGGUAAACAAUUGACGUCACUUGGCGGAGACCGAAUGGCGAAUGUAACGAACGAGAUGCAGCUUCCACCAAAUUCGGAGACAGACUAUGAAGGGUAUGUCUACGAUAACAACAACUCUGUGAUCUGUGAUGCGGAAGAAGAGGUGCUGCAGACCUUCUACGCCAAGUUCUACCCCAUUCUCUAUACCCUCAUCUUCCUGCUGGGUUUGGCAGGAAACGGCCUGAUGAUCGCCGUCCUCCUGAGGCGUGACCAUCGGCUGCGCAUCACUGAGAUCUACUUGCUGCACCUCGCCCUCUCUGACCUCAUGCUGAUAUUCACUCUGCCCUUUGAUGUGAUUGAGGGCAUCACUGGCUACAUAUUUGGAAACUUUUUCUGUAUGUUUAAUGGAGUGUUAAGAAAUCUGAACCUCCUGUGUGGAAGUUUCCUCCUGGCUUGGAUUGGUUUUGACCGUUAUUUGGCCAUUGUCCAUGCAAUACCCAGCAUGCAAAGUCGACGCCCGAAAAAAGUGCACCUGACGUGUGCUUCGCUUUGGUUCGUCUGUUUCCUAUUAGCACUGCCCAACGCAGUCUUUCUCUCUGUUGCAAAGUACACAAACGACUCCUUGGCUGAUUGUAAUUAUUACCGUUUUGAAACUCAUGCCCACAACUGGGUUUUAUUCAGAAGGGUUUUGAAUCACCUAAGCUUUUUCCUUUCUCUGGCUGUCAUGUGUUAUUGUUACACUGCACUUGUCAUCACCCUGUUUAAAAGUCAAAAAAGCCAUGCCAAGAAAGCAGCCAUCCGACUCGCUUUGCUCGUCACACUUGUGUUUUGUUUGUGCUGGCUGCCACACAACAUCACCUCGCUGGUAAAAACUCUGAUGGACCUGGAAAUCAUGACAGAUAUGUCCUGCUCAUCCUGGACCUCGAUCAACCAGGCCGACACUGUGACAAUGAGCCUGGGCAUCGCACACUGCUGCCUCAACCCUUUCCUCUAUGCCUUUGUGGGGGUGCAGUUUCGGAACGAGCUCUUGCACCUUCUGUGUCGGCUGGGCUGCAAUCGCCUCUGCUUACGUUUUAUCAGAGUUCAAGACAGCAGAGGACCAUCGUUUUCUGAUGGAACAACAUCGAACAGCAUUAUCAUGCACUGAACAACAGGUUCGUCAAAGGAAAAAGUCCAUACUGUUUUAAUCAUCACCAGUGUUUACAUAAUCCAUGUUGGUUAGAAAUAGGCUGAUAACUGGGCCCCAUAAGGGAUUGGCUGGAAGAUUGCUGAUAUUGGAUUGUGGGAAAACUUUGUCAAAAUAAAAACAAAAAAUACACAUAUUUUCAUUUCAUACCCAGUUGAGAUCUACAAAGGGUGGCCAAGUUGUUUCACCAAUGAAUUGUUUUUAUUCAACCAAAACUGGUCCAGAGGCCUAAUUAAAACAAACACUUGUCAGCCAGAGAAAAAAUACCUUUUAACUCCUAUACGUUUGUCGAUUGGACUCUGAAACAGACAAAACUAUUGAAAUAUCAGAAUAGAUAACAAAAUUGAAAAUUAGAGGUGUCCGAUGAGAUAUUAUCAGAUAUUGGUCUGUUAAAAACGAUUAAAAACUACUAUUACAUCUACAAUCUCUGACAUUGAGAUGCAGAUGGAAAGACUGCAUUUAAAUUCUUUUAACUCAUUGGUAAAUAUUACAUGGAUAAGUUGUCUAAUAAAUAACUAUUCACUUUUUUUUUAAUAUAUCACUUGAUCCAACCUUUUCUAACAUUCUGCAGAACAAAACAAGCAAUAAAACCAUGUGAUUUAUGAUAAAAUGUUAUUGGGUUAAUAUCAGAGUUGGUCAAUUCUCAAAAGUCUUAUUGGAAACAAAAAGUUUUGGGACAUUGAAAAUUACAUAUUUAUUCAGUGAAUUUAAUGUUACUCAUUAUAGAUUACAAUUGUUGCUCAAUAUUUUAUAUUUUAUUUUAAUCUCUGGGGAGUUUCAGGUCAAUUUGGCCCUUUGUGCAGACAUUUUUUACCUAGAACCCUUCCAUUUCUCCUUCAAAAGUGCUAAUAUACCAAUAUAUUACCUCUUUCUGCAUUUGAAUUAUUGUAUUUUUCUUUGUUGACAAAAUGUAUGUUGCUAAUAUGUACUGUAUUUUUUGCUUGUGUUGUAGUUUAAAACAUCUCAAUAAAGGUUUUAUUAUAUAAAACAAUGAGGUUUAUUGUCCUAAAUAAACAAAUCAUAUUUAGAGAUAUUCUAUUUGUAGACUUUUAUUAAAACAGUUAGACAGAACAACUGCAAACAAUCACAA